AGAAUAAAGAAAAUGAAAAGGAAAAAAAAAGAAAAAAUGAAGGAAAAAAGAAAUAUGAAAAAGAAACAGAGAGAAUAAAAAAAGGCAAGAAAUGGAGAAAAAAGAAACAAAAAGAAGAGGAAAAGAAACGAAACAAAAUAAAAAAAAAUAAAGGGAAAAG